AAAUAACAAACAGGCGUUUCGCAAGAAAAAAAAAAAAGAAAAAACGAAAAAAAGACCAAAGCAGGCAAGGUCAUAUUCCCUAGUAAGAUUGCUGUCUGGGAGUGACAGUGUUGUUUGGUUGUACAACACUCAAGAGAUUGACUGCUCUGAAGUCUGAAGAGAAGAGAGCUAUUUAAUCUUAUUUUCGCUUCCAUUUCUCCUCCAAAUGGCUGCUUCCGUUCAGCUAAAUCUCCGUUCCUUCAAAGCCCCCUUUAAUCUUAAACCCAUUGCCAAGCAGUUCUCCAGACCCGGCAGGAUCAGGUGCGCCGCCACCACACCAACCAAACGCUACAGCAUCACUCUUCUUCCCGGAGAUGGUAUCGGCCCUGAAGUCAUCUCCGUCGCCAAAAACGUCCUCAAACUCGCUGGCUCUCUCGAAGGGAUUGAAUUUAGCUUCCAAGAGAUGCCCAUGGGGGGAGCUGCUUUGGAUUUGACUGGAGUACCAUUGCCUGAGGAAACCCUUUCUACCGCACAAAGAGCUGAUGCCGUUCUCCUUGGAGCAAUUGGAGGGUAUAAGUGGGAUAAGAAUGAAAAACAUUUGAAGCCUGAGACUGGUCUGCUUCAGCUUAGAGAAGGACUUAAAGUCUUUGCAAAUUUGAGGCCAGCUACUGUUUUGCCACAGUUAGUGGAUUCCUCAACUUUGAAGAAAGAUGUUGCUGAGGGUGUUGACCUUAUGGUUGUAAGGGAGCUUACGGGAGGUAUUUAUUUUGGAAAACCAAGGGGAUUUGGUACCAAUGAAAAGGGUGAGGAUAUUGGCUUCAACACUGAGGUGUAUUCUACUCAUGAGAUUGAUCGUAUUGCUCGUGUUGCUUUUGAGAUUGCUCGCAAGCGGCGUGGACAACUUUGUUCUGUUGACAAAGCUAAUGUUUUGGAGGCAUCAAUGCUUUGGAGGAAAAGAGUUACGGCAAUUGCUUCUGAAUAUCCUGAUGUUGAGCUCUCACAUAUGUAUGUUGACAACGCAGCAAUGCAGCUUGUUCGCUAUCCAAAACAGUUUGAUACAAUUGUGACCAACAACAUAUUUGGUGAUAUUUUGUCUGAUGAAGCUUCAAUGAUCACUGGAAGCAUAGGGAUGCUUCCGUCUGCUAGUCUUGGUGAAUCAGGACCUGGACUCUUUGAGCCUAUUCAUGGUUCUGCUCCUGAUAUUGCUGGACAGGACAAGGCAAAUCCACUUGCAACAAUUCUCAGUGCUGCAAUGCUUUUGAAGUAUGGCCUAGGGGAAGCAAAUGCUGCAAACAGAAUUGAGAACGCAGUUCUGGAUACUCUUAAUAGGGGUUUCCGAACAGGCGACAUAUACUCCUCUGGAAAUAAACUAGUCGGCUGCAAGGAGAUGGGAGAGGAAGUACUGAAAUCAGUUGACUCGCCAGUUCCAACUGCUAUAUGAAUAAAAAACAGAUCAGAGCUGCGACACUUGCAAAGGGCAUUAGGGCUCGAAAGUUAUGGAGAAAGAAAAAAAAAGAUUGGGGGAAGUAAAUAAACAUAGCUCGAAGUCGGUCAUAUAUAAUAAGUGGCAGCGGUUCUUAUUGGAGGGCUUCUUGAGUGAACUUUGCUCGAACUGGGAGAUCAAAGGUUGCAUCCUAGGUUGAAAUUUUUGAGAGGUAGGAUGUCGGCCUUCCCCGUGGAUGGCAGGGGUUGUGGCCACCCAUUAAGAGAAGCGUCAAUAGAGAGAAACGAAAAUAUUGUUUUGGAUGAAAAGAGAAAGAGCAUCAAUUAAGAUAUAUAUUUAGUUAUAUUUUGAUGAUUUAACUUUAAAAAAUUACCAUACGAUUGCUAAUGUUAUUAAUUUGUCACAUUCUGGUUAUUAAAUCGUUAACUAGCCAUUAACGAUGAAAUGGAAAACUAAUAUGCUACAUAGCAUGUUAUGUUAUCAAUUUAAACGAAAA